CUUUUUCAAAGUUAAAUUUCCUUUUUGUCGGUGAUAACGUUCCUUAUAGAUACUAUACUAAUCUCUGAUUCUCUUCUUACGGAUCAAAGUUCUCAACCUCCGAAGAGCAAAACCCUAAAGUGCUAUUUCUUCUUCUUCUUUAAAAAACUUGAGUUCCUUCUUGAGCAAGUUAUGUCGAAGAGCCGUUAUGAAUCUCAUUCUCGCUUCUUCGUCGAAGGUUAUUUAGGAUGAUGCCAUACAACGGCUAUUUUGGAUGAUGCUGAAUGAUCGUUACGAAUCUCAUGAACAAGUGAGUGUCAAUUCGUUGUUCGCCCAAAUUAGUUUGUCUGGGUUCAUUCGAUGACGAUCCAUGUGGAAUCUUUUCUCCGGCGUCGUGGCGGUUAGUUUGUGGUGUCACACGGUUGCAGUCUCUCUCUCAUCGCCAUGUCAACGACGCCACCGCCAAGUCAUCCAAACCCUAGGGUCCUACAAGGCCCAACAAAAAACAGAGGAAAUUUUCAACCCAUCAAGCCCAUGAAGAUUAUUGGCCAGCAUAGAGAACAAAGGACUACAGUGAAGAUUUGUGAGAUGACUGAGAGAAGACGACUUGGAGAGGUAUCAGAUAAGGAAAAGAGUCUCGCAUUACAUCGAUUUCAGUACGAUUUCAGGUGAAUUUCCUUUCCCUUUAAAAAUCCAAAUUGCGUUUCUAAAUUUUUACUUUUUUUUUUUUUGGUUUUGUUUUAGACUAGAUUUACAAAACGAUAUGAAAACUAACCGGACUUUAGAUCCCGUCACUUGACUUAGUCAUUGAACGUUAGCGAUUUCACAACUUUAAUUUGUUUUCUAGUCGUUAUGUAAAUUUAGCAUUUUAGUUUUUUUUAGGUUUUUAGGUUUUUUUUUUUUUUUUUUUUUAGACUACAUUUACAAAACGAUAUGAAAAUUAACCGGAUUUUGGAUCCCGUCACUUGACUUAGUCAUUGAUCAUUAGCGAUUUCACAAGUUCAAUUUGUUUUCUAGUCGUUAUGUAAAUUUAGCAUUUUAGUUUUUUUAGGUUUUUAGUUUUUUUUUUUUUGUUUUAGACUACAUUUACAAAAUGAUAUGAAAACUAACCAGACUUUGGAUCCCGUCACUUGACUUAGUCAUUGAUCAUUAGCGAUUUCACAAGUUCAAUUUGUUUUCUAGUCGUUAUGUAAAUUUAGCAUUUUAGUUUUUUUAGGUUUUUAGUUUUUUUUUUUGUUUUAGCCUACAUUUACAAAAUGAUAUGAAAACUAACCGGACUUUGGGUCCCGUCAUUUGAUCGUUAGCGAUUUCACAAGUUCAAUUUGUUUUCUAAUUGUUAGGUUUUCUUUUUGUUUGUUUUAUACUAGAUUUACAAAACGAUAUGAAAACUAACGAGACUUUAGAUCCCGUCAUUUGACAUAGUCAUUUGAUCGUUAGCAAUUUUAUAAGUUUAAUUUGUUUUCUAUCGUUAUGUAAAUUUAUCAUUUUAGUUUAGUAUAGUUUUGUUUUAAACUAGAUUUACAAAACAAUGUGAAAACUAACCGGACUUUGGAUCCCGUCAUUUGACCUAAUCAUUUGAUCGCACAAGUUCAAUUUAUUUUCUAAUUGUUAUGUAAACAUUUUAAUUUUGUUUUGUUUUAUAUUAGAUUUGCAAAACGAUAUGCAAACUAACCGGACUUUGGAUCCCUUCAUUUGACCUAGUUAUUUAAUUGUUAGAGAUUCUAUAAGUUCAAUUUGUUUUCUAAUCAUUAUGUAAAUUUAGCAUUUUUUUUUUUU